UCGUCUUUAUUAAUUGACACUGGUGGUGACAACACUAGGGAUUAGUUUAGUAAAGUUUCCUGUUUUUAUAUUGUCUUUAAUAACCGGAGAAAACUCGGUAAAGGUGUCGUUUGUGUGACGUGCUGCUCGUCUACUGUCGGAUUUACGGCAGCUGGUCGUUAUGGGAUUGACGAGAGCGGCAUGUGUUUCUCUUUCUAGAAGCUCUGCUCUUUCAACUAUGGCUCAACACAAGUUCAUCGAUAUCGGUGUGAACCUGACGGACCCCAUGUUCAGAGGCUGUUACAGAGGAAAGCAGAAACAUGACGACGAUUUCGAUCAGAUCAUCGACCGAGCCGUCAAAGUGGGAGUGGAAAAGUUUAUUAUCACAGGAGGAAAUCUGGAGGAGAGUAAAGAGGCCCUGAAGCUGAGCCAGAACAGAGGUCCGUUCUUCUGCACCGUGGGCGUCCAUCCCACUCGCUGCUGUGACUUCCAAAGGGGCGGAGACACAGAGUAUCUGAGUGAACUGAAGGAGGUGGUGACAGGAGGAGGAGGGAAGGUGGUGGCCAUAGGAGAGUGUGGACUGGAUUUCGAUCGGUUGGAGUUUUGUCCAAAAGAAACUCAACUCAAAUACUUUGAGAAACAGUUCGAUCUGGCGGAGCAGACUCAACUUCCCAUGUUCCUCCACUGCAGGAACGCCCACCAGGAGUUCUAUGACGUCAUGAAGAGGAACCGAGACCGCUGUGUCGGAGGAGUGGUUCACUCGUUUGAUGGGAAAGCGGAGGACGCCGCCGCCCUCAUCGACCUGGACCUUUACAUCGGAAUCAACGGAUGUUCCCUGAAAACCGAAGCCAACAUCGAAGUGAUGAAGUCCAUUCCCACCGACAGACUCAUGAUUGAAACAGACGCCCCCUGGUGUGGAGUGAAGAACACUCAUGCAGGAUCCAAAUACGUCAAAACUACAUUUCCCACAAAGAAGAAGUGGGAGGCGGGACAUUGUCUGAAGGACAGGAACGAACCCUGUCACAUCAUACAGGUGUUGGAGGUGAUGGCGGCGGCGAGGGGUGAAGACCCUCUGGAGCUGUCCAAGGCCAUCUACGACAACACCUGCAAAGUGUUCUUCAGCUCCAGAUGAGGACCAACAGAAAAACCAUCAGCAGCUCA